CUCACCUGCACGCAGUCACGUCAGUGGGAGGUGAGGAGGCGGAAUCAAAUUGUUUUUUUAUCUUUCUCCAAAUUUAGCCUCAGCUCUUUUAAAGUGUUACGUGGUUUAACUGAACAAAUAAAGAGAUUGUUGGCGGUGAGGUCACCAUUAGCGCCGUAUUCUUUUCUCUAGCAAGAAGAGGCUGAAGAAAAAAGCUCAUUGGGGGAACAAACUAACAGCCUCGUCCCAAAGAUGGGCUUUUUCCAGCAAGUCAAGCUGCUUCUUUGGAAAAAUGGGCUGAAUGUAAUCAGAAAUCCAGUAUGGUCGCUGACUCUGAUCGUUUGGCCUUUGAUCAUCUUCAUCAUUGUUGCUGUGACCCGCCAAUAUUACCCACCGAAGCUUCAGAACUCAUGCUAUGUGGAACCUCGAAACUUGCCCAGCACCGGCUUCUUUCCUUUUUUGCAGACUGUAUUGUGCAACACAGAUAGCAAAUGUUAUAACACAUCACGGCUGUUGAACCCAUCAAAGUUUAGUAAAAGAUCCACCGAUAGUCAGAGGUCAACAUCGUUGUCAAAAAGUCUUUUUGAAAAAUUGAUGGAAGGUGCUGAAUUUUCUACUUCAGCAUUUCCAAACGAUUCCAUUGAUGAUCCAAGCUUCAUUUUGGAAAAAAUACUGGGUGCGGCUCACCUAGUAAAGAACAGUAAUGCCUCUGUCAUCCACACAAAGAACACAACCUUUGUUAAUGAGCCGGGGGACUUACACAAAUUAAUGGAAGCAAUGAAUCUGAUGAAGCAGCCCAUCUGUACCAUAACUCUGGUGGCGAUGAACACAACCUCACCCAACACAAUCAGCAACGCAGUGAUCAACUUUUGUAGCUCUAAUAAUACUGUAUUUGAGGUUUUUCUUCAGACACUCAAUCAGAUCGUGAAAGAGGAACUGCUAACAGAACCAGCUGAGUUGGCAAAGGCCAUUGGGGCUGCUAUACUGGUGUUUCAAGAGAUACAAAACCAGAACUCAUUGUGGGAGAACCUUCUCGAUAUUCCCGAGCUUGUUGCUGAAGGAUCAUUUGACCACAUAUUGGACACUGCAGCAGGUCUUCUCGCCAACAUGCUGAGCAUUAUGCAUAUCAUCCAGAAAAAUUUCACCGAAACUGCUGAGCCAAUCUCUGACCUGCAUCCAAUAAUAGUUGGAGGCAUCAACAUUCUUCAUUAUUUUCAAAAUUGGCCUGGCAACGAUGUGACCAUCUCCCUGGGAGACAUUGUGAACUUGGACAAUGACUCGUUUAGUGAAAUAGUCGAACAGGUUUUACAAACUGUCCAGAUACCACUUCCUCAGGCCAUGCUUUUGACCUUGGACAGACAUUUUCUACAAUCCUACAUUUGUGACAGCAGUAGUAACCCAUUGUGGCUUACAACCUUAUGCUACACUGGUACAGUGACUGUGCUUCUAGACAAAAUCAGUCCCAACAAGGUGGCCCAGCAGGCACUACUAGCUUGGAGUAAGCAUGUGGCUCCCCAUGAUGUUUCAUUUGCCCAAGAACUGUUUCACAGUCUCUUAGAAGGAGUAUCCCCUGGUGGUAUUGAAGGCUCUAACGCCGUGAGAAAUCGGCGUGAUGUCGAUACACAACCACAAAACAUUGAGGAGGAGCUGUUUUUGACAGUCGGUCAAGUGCUCCUGGAAUUGAGCGAAAUUGAUCCGGAAGUGGGCAUGAUCGUUCAGCGCAUUCUCAGCGUUGGUUUUCACUCAAUGGAAACGGCAACUCUUUCGAUUGACAUUGUUUUAGACAUGAUGGACAGUAUCUUGAAGGAUUCAAAUCGACUCGAAAACCUUUUUACGACCUUGCUUACAAACGAAACUGAAGCAAGCAUUUGGAUUGGCAAAAUUCUAGACAGCACCUUCAAAGUUAUAAUAAAGAGCUUGACAUCACAUGUUACAUGUGAGGAUGCUCUGGGCCCCUUCCAGUGGCUGUUGCCAACUGAAACCAUCAAAUUCGAGGUGUGGGAAUCCAUUAUCUGCGAAAACGCCACAACACUUGAGGAUAUCUUACUGGCAGACUGGAUGCCUUUGAUUGAAAAAGGAGAAGAGCUAUACAUGGCUCUUAAUGAAGGAGGAGAAAACAUAAAUGCAACUCUUCCGAUGAUUCUCUCCGCGUGGCAUAAGUUGUUGAGCAAAUCCAUGGAGUUCGGAGAUCUUGUGUACAGGUUGUCUUCAGAGCUGGAGGCAGAUGUUUGGAUAAACGGGUCAACGGAAAACAGUUUCGAACAUAUUACUGAGACUCUUCGACAAAGUGUUUUUGUUUUCAUGGUAAAUUUGGGGGAAACUGCAGAGGCAAGUCAUCUGUGGCCUGAGAUGAAAAACUAUUUCCACAUAGCUUACUGGGUCUUGACUUACAGAGCUGGUGUCACAACUCAGCCAGCAAACUGCUCCCUGGACAUCGACACGCUGAACAUUCAUUGCGAUACUGGUUUAAAUUGGCACAAAUUUGUUGAAACGCUAAUUCAUGCUGUGACAUCGCCAAACCAAGACAUCCUUGUGAAUUUUCUCAAAGCGGCUGUUAAUCUACUGCAUCAUGUGUAUGGAGACCUCAGUAGGAAUGUGGCGGCUUCAUUUUUAGCACAUGAAAUUCACGGUGGAGAUGCACUCUCCGCAUACCUGAUUAACUUAAUGACCCAACUGGGCGACUUUGUCUCGACCAUUUCCAUGCUCUCAGAUGAAAACAUCUCUGAUAAAUAUGUCAUGGUCCCCCUCUUAAGCAAACUGUUUAAGUCCACAGGCCUGUCCCCACUGCUGCCUCUGCUCUUCAGCCCUGCCCCGGUUGAUGCUUCCAGCAUCAUCGAUAUUGUUGUGAAGCUUGGUCGAAGCAACCAGCACAUUUUUACCUUCGAUGAGACAGACCCAACCAUGCCUGAACUGGAGCAUUUGAUAAUGCAGUUUCUAUCCUCAGAGAGCAACCUCACAUUGUCUCUCUCCUACAUGAUGGGUAACACCCUGCUUACAUACUCCAACUACUUUGACCAAGAAAAAGUAGCUCUGAUUAAAGAGGGCUUAAAACCAUUCACCAACCAAACCUCAUCGGGCAUUGUAGAGGCAAUCCUUACAGCUAUGGAGCUUCUCAACAAAGUGGUUGCCUCACCAAACUCAACUAACAUAAUACUUUCUUACAUUCAGCAACUUCAAGAAUGUAUAGUGUCCCUUUAUAAGCUGAGACGUAUCCAACAAGUUUUGUUGCCUACGGGGGAAAUGAGCACAGCUGAAGUCACCGACCUCCACCAGGCCUCCACUGAAUUUCUCAACCUCCUCACCCCUGAGGGCCUUUCCAACCUUACUCAUAUUGGACCAGAAGCUGCCCUGGAUCUGGUGAUUGAAAAAUUCCUGGCAUUUUUACCACCACAGUACCAACACGAAACUGCUUCAUUUUAUCAAGAUAUCAAUGUACUGCUGCAUCAGUUGACUUUGUGUGCAUCAGAAGAGGACUGUUUACCAGGAAUCUCAGAAUUGUUCACACUUUUGAAUGAAAUAGUCGAUUUGGCACUCUCAGCUGAUGUCAAUGUCACCAUCCACAUAACCAGCAAGUUUCUGAUGAGGACAGAAUAUGAGUAUGAGGAUGUUGCAUCUGCGUUCUUCUCACUCCUCUUGUCCCCAAAUGAAGCAUCAUAUGUCCGUGCAUUUCGUCAGACACUUCAUUUCAUCAGGCUGGUUCUAGCGAUGCCAGAUAUUACCGUCUCUCAUAUCCAGAAUGCUUUGAGGCAGUCAAAUCUCACCCUUGAAGAGCUAAACUACAUCGCUCACCUUGCAGGAGCCGCCAAUGCUAAUGAGCUGUUAGUAAAUAUAAUGGAAAUUGCCAAUGUUCCAAAAUGUUUUGAAUUGCAGCACGACACAACAGUGACAGCUCAGUGUGUUGUGGGUUUAAUUGACAAAGCCAGCAAAUUCCUGACUAACAUUCCUGCUCUUCAUGACCAUACAGCCAUCAUCUCCCUUGUCCCAUUAAUUGUCAAUAAAACCACAACAGAUCUCGUUGAAGUCGAUUUUCACUCUGAUGCGCUAAUGCCUGUCAUACACGCUCUCAACAACACCCUCAACAAUAUCAAGAUGAACCUCCAGAUGAACAAUCUUAGCACUCCAGAGAUCAUGGAAGAACUCAAGGUUAUGGAAGGUCUAUUGAAAGUAGCCGCUAACCCUGAACCCUUGAAGCAGAUUCUCGAUGCCAUGUCAGUCCCGUAUUCUGAGGAAGUUACAAUAGCAUAUUUACAAAUCAUGCAAUGGUAUUUGCAUCGGUUGGAAAACGUGACCAGCGCCAGCUUAGCCUCACACCUCCUCCAUCCCUUUUUCCGCCUCACGCAAUUACAAGUGACAUUGCAACUGGCACAGACAAACCUGACUUUGUUCAUCAACAACCAGAUUGGUCGCUUUCAGCACCCAACAGAUGGCGCAGGAGUGAGUGACAUUGGCCAAGCAACUAUUGAGAUUCUGCAGCAAAUUCUGAAAUAUAUAACGGUCAACCUCAAAGUUCAGGACGAGACUGCUCAAACCUUAGGGUCUAUGCCACUCUUCAACACAGCAUUACUACAUGAAAUUGAAGAACAAAUUCAGCUCUACCUUGAUGAAAUACAUUUAUGGAUGACUCAACCAAAUGUCACAUCAGUCUUCACCAGCAUGCUCCAUUGGGGAAAUCCUUACAUCAAUGCUUCCACACCUGUAAGAGACCUUCACCUCCUUUUGCAAACGCUUGCGCACUUUCUGACUUACGAACAGCUGGAAUACCUCCAUAUCAUCAGCAACAUUACUCAUUCCCUGAGCAAAGCUAUUAUGGUGUUAGAGCAACCAGGAGACCAACAGUUUGACCAACUAUAUGCCACCAUCAUGGAAGCAGUCCAAUAUUUAAUACAAAUUCUGACACACGAAAUAGGUCCCCUGCCACACUCUGUGCAGCAAAACAUCCAGGAAAUUGUUCACAAUUCAUUGGUCCUUUUUGUGGAAACGGAUUUAAGUUUUUCCACAUCACUCAACCUCACACUCGAUAUCCUCACUGGAGCCGAAAGUGUUGUUCAGCAGCUGGUGCCAGAGGAGUUUGUUGUCUACCUGCUCCCUGGCUUUAAAGUAGUCAUCAAUUAUUUGGAGACGAUUACCGUCACCUAUGGACGAGACAACUGGAAUUUCAUCAUUUUGAACCAAAUGAAGACCAUUCGGAGUCUCUUGCCACCAGACAGCACAGCUCAGUACUAUUUCUCUGUUGUCAUCAACAUCAUUCAAGUCAUUCUGGACAGCAGCAAUGUCACCGCAACCACAGAAAAUGACAUACAAGAUACACUGACUUGGAUUUUUAACCAGAUUUGGCAGAUUUUAAUGCAUGGUCCAGAUUUAGGUGAUGUGACUCCAUCUUUUGAAGCUUUUUCCCAGCUCGAACAAGUAUUUGAACAGAUUUUCACUGGGCAAGCUGACAAAGAAACCUGGCACAAGCUUGAAAAGAUGUUGGAGGCUAUACUGUCAACACUCAGCCAAGUACAGCCGUGGGACAGUGUUACGGCUGGUGUCCCCUAUUUUGAAAAAACCAUUGCAUGUAUGGUCAACACAAAGCAAAAAGAGAACAUGAUGCUAUUAAGCCUUGCGAAGCCUGUGAUGGACCUGAUAAGCGAAAUUGCGCAGUCUGUGAACUCCAGUCAUUUUAACUUGUCGGAAAUCGCUGAAAGAAUGCCGCCUGCCAUAGAACAAACAGUGCUGGCCGCUCAGCAGGCAAAUGGAACAUUGGACUGCAAUGAAGUUUUGAAAGCAUGGGAUCCAGUGAGAGUUGCGGCUGGUUUAAGCCAGGGCGUCAUUGAAAUGUGGUGCACCGUCAGUCUGCAGCCUAUUCUGGAGGCUUAUGCUGCUCUCCCGUAUAUGUGCCCCCAUCUCAACAUGAGUCACAUGGCUUUGGAACCAAUCACUGUUGCUGAUACUGCUGCCCGCAUUGUGAAUGCGACUGAAUCUCUGUAUCAAGUCAACAAAAACCAAUUUCAUGUGAUGGAGCAGAUCAUCAUGAACAUCUCCAACCAGUUCUUUGAGCUGCUCAGCCAGCCACUCAGCCCUAGUGCUGAACUUAACUUACACAUGCAGCUCCAGCACAUGCAGCUUCAAAACAGUUUGUCCUCUAUUACAAUGCUGUCAGAUGAGUUACUGAACGUGGCACCAAUGCUCAGGCCAUGCAUAGAUGCUAUGGCGGAAGCACUGAGCCAUAUCCUGAACAACUAUCACCAAAUCCAAGACACAGACUCAUCCGAAGUUGUCUUCAAUGAAGUUGUGGCGAUCCUACUCUCCUGUAUAAACACCACCUUAGAUGAUUUCAUCUCACUGGUGGAGGGCGACUUAUCUGGGAUCAGUAAUGGAUCUUUUCUUGAACUGGUAAACAAUAUUGUUAAAAUUAUGAUCAACAUGAACUUAUUUGGGGAUGAGCCGAUGGUUUACAACACCCUGGAACAAUUGCUUAGCUCCAAUGCUACCAAAGAAUUGUUACAGAAGCUGAUUGAGAUGUCUGCAUGGUUAGCGUCUACAAACGAAUCUGGAUUAGACCUUCUGACACAAGCUCUGCCGAAGAUGUCGGAACUCCUCAGGCUUUUAUUGUCUAUACUUACUCAUAUGGGUGUGGAUAUGCCAGAGAUAAUGGAUCUAGUUGAAGAUCUAACUAGAAACAUAUUCGAAAUGUUGAGGCAAUUGUUAAGCAGUGACCUAUUUACAUCUAUGGACCACCAUCCUGAUGGAUCUCAGUGGGAACUUUUGGGGGGUAACCGUGCGUUGCACAACCGACGCAAACGAGAGGCCCUGUUGAUACCCCAGAUAGAACCCUUGAGUGACUUCUCAGACUUGCUGAGCAUUAACUACCAAGCAAUUUUUGGAGACCUCUCAGCUCCUACGCCAGAGGAAAUGUUAGAGACAGCUCACAUGUUCGUUUCCAACCCCAAUCUGAACAUCAUACUGAAGGGAUCAACGAGCGGCAUGCCGUGGGCCAUAAAUGGCUCGCGAGAAGAAACCAUUGAUGCUGCCCUUGGGCUCCUUUCUUUUGCAACCCUCUCCAGCGGCUCUCAUUUGUCAUCGUUGCCUCUCUUGGCGGAGGCUAUUGAUAUGCUGCCUGAUAGCUUUCCAUUCUCUGCCCUGCUGAAAAAUAUGACCACAGCACUUGCCAGUGAAUCUCAAGAGAACCUGAUACUCUUACACCAGUUCAUCCUGACAGCCACUCACCUUCUCCAUACCGACUUGGAUGAUCCGCAUUACAAAAAACAAUUUGACCAACUUACAUCUCAGAUGUGCAUGUUGGAGAGAACUAAGUUUGGUCGUCACCUCUUGGCAGCCGUCUCCCUUGAGCCUGGUCAACUCUGUUCCAGUGUUCUACCAGGCCUAGAGAUUUUGUUGCAGCUGUUUCAGGCCAACACAACAGAUUUGAGUGACGCCCUUUACCAUAUAUUUAUUGGCGACCCCAGUACCUAUGGCAAAGACACAGAUUGGUCUAACGUGCUUAUGCAAAGUCUGAACUUUGACAUCAGCAGCUUGAAAUCUCUAAACAUCAACUUCAAAUCUCAAGAGGAGGCAACAGUUGGUGAGAUGCUGCGGAACGAAAGCGCAUUUGUCCAAGAUGUACUGAAGCGCACACAUUUUGAUCCAGUUGCUCUCCAGAUUCUAAUGCGGACAGUUCUGCCCAACAACAAUUUACAGCUCCUUUCUUGGUUGUUGGAACUACGUCACUGCAAGUCUCCAGAACGUUUGAGCAUGAUAGAGCAAGAUGCACACCUGUUCCAAGCCUUCUGCUCCAUGUCCUCUGCAGAGUACUUCACCUUCCCUCUAGUCGUAACUCGGCAUCUAAAUGUUGAAAAGGUCUUAGUCAGAGUGCUGUUUUCAGAUGAAAUUUGGGACUUGAUGGGAUUUAUGCUUCAGAUUGCCAACCAUUUAGUCAAAAUAAUGGAUGAAAUCCUUCCUGCAAUUGAUCAUCUGCAGAGUUUCAUGCUUUCCAUUGAAGAACUCAACCAUAUGGCCCAACAUGACUUUUACUUGGCUACAAGACGAAUGCGGUCCAGACUCUCUACCCGACCAUCAUUUGUCACCAUAUCUCAAGCAAUGUGCAGUCACGGUAUCAUACCUUUCUUCGGAAUUAGCAAAUUUCCCACCAUAUUUGAGCCCAGAAAAUUCCCCGUUAACAGCCCUGAGAGAGAGGAGGUGAUUGAAAGGUUCAAGAUUCCACGAGAUGCAAGCCCCUACUGUAUGAACAUGUACCUAGAUAUGGUCAGCACUACAGGGGGAGCCAUUUCAUGGGCGUUCCUCAAACCAAUGCUGAUGGGGAAGAUCCUCUACACACCUGACACACCUAUUACCAGGGCUAUUAUGGAGAAGGCCAAUACUACCCUGCAAGAGUUUAGCAACUUGAGGAGGCAUUCUAAUGAAUGGAUGAAAUCCUCAAAUUUCAUCAUGAAAUCUGCCAAUGUGCUGGACAAGACUGUGCCACUGCUGAAGAAUUCCUUGUCCAAUGCAUUUGUGAAGAAUUUUAUUGAGAUGCAGACAAACAUUGAUGUUGACAAAAUGACAGCGACGCUCAACAACUUUUCAAACAUGACAUUGAUGUUGGAGAAGAACAAACACAUAAUGGAUCAGAUCACUGUCUUGUCCUCCCUGAUGGUUAACAUCUCAUCUUGUAUAAAAUUCGAUCGGUACCGGGGUUACCAAUCUGCUGAACAGCUUGACGCCGACGCUCAAGAACUCGCCAAGGACCGCGAUCUCUAUGGAAGUGUGAUUUUCAAGCUCCCCAAUGACCACUCCUCUUCCCUGCCACCUAAAGUUAGCUACACAAUCCGCAUGCAUCUGGACAACGUCAUGCGGACAGACCGUGCCCGCAGCCCAUACUUUGUGAAGGACACCCACAUAUCUGCUGGGAAAACCAUGCGGUACAACCGGGCCUUUGUGUAUCUGCAGGAGAACAUUGACCGGGCAAUUAUUGAGAUGCAAGCGGGAAAAGUCACAGAUAUUGCUGUGCAGCUUCAACCUUUUCCGUAUCCAUGCUAUCUUCGUGAUAAGUACCUUGAGGCUAUCACCAUCGUCUUCCCACUCAUGCUGAUGUUAGCUUGGAUUCUUUUUGUGGCUGACUUUGUCAAGAAAUUAGUUCAUGAAAGAGAGCUGGGGCUGCAUCAGUAUAUGAAAAUGAUGGGUGUUAAUCCAUUCAGCCACUUCCUCGCCUGGUUCUUGGAGUGUGCUGCUUACCUGAUCGCGACAAUCAUCAUCAUGACACUGAUUCUCAAGCAUGGCGGCAUCCUCUCGCACAGCAAUGGCUUCCUCUUGUUCUUGUACUUAAGCGACUAUGGCUUGACCAUCCUAGCCUUCAGUUACAUGAUCAGCUCCUUCUUCGACAAGACCUACAUUGCUGGUUUAAGCGGCAGUCUCCUUUACAUUAUCUGCUUCUUCCCAUAUAUUGUGGUAUUGGCGGUGGAGUCCAGUCUCAACAUUUUCCAAAAGAGUGCACUGAGUCUAUUUUCUCCAUGCUGUUUCAGUUAUGCUAGUCAGUAUAUCUCUCUCUAUGAGUCUAUGGAUGAAGGAAUUCAGUGGAGCAAUUCAUAUUCCUCACCCCUAGCUGGAGACACAUCUUCUUUUGGUUGGCUGUGCUGGAUGAUGCUCAUUGACUCUAUCAUCUACUUCAGUAUUGGGGCGUACAUCCGCAUGGUUUUCCCAGGCAAAUAUGGCAUCCCUGCUCCGUGGUACUUCCCCUUUACAGCCUCCUUUUGGGCUGACCUUUUCGACUGCUGUAGAAAGUCACAGAAGGGGGGCAGAGGACUUUUGUUUACCAACACCAUGAAUACAAACCUGCCUGGGUCCUCUGAUGGCAAGGGGAAAGGCGAGAGCAAGGUUUUUUCUCAAACUGGCGAGGACUUCUCUCAUCUCCCAGUGGGUGUUGCCCUUCAUGGUCUCACUAAAAUCUAUAGUGACCGAGUGGGCAUUAAAAACCUUAACCUUUCCUUCCACGAGGGCCAUGUCACAUCACUGCUUGGUCACAAUGGCGCCGGCAAGACGACUACCAUGUCUCUCCUCACAGGUCUCUUUCCACCAUCAUCUGGGAAUAUAGAAGUGUAUGGGAGAAACAUGCGCACAGACUUGGCUGACAUCCGCAAAGAUCUUGGUGUGUGCAUGCAAUAUGAUGUCCUCUUUGACCACAUGACUACCAAGGAGCACCUCCUGCUCUAUGGCCAGAUAAAGGCCCCACAAUGGUCCCACGGGGAAUUGCACGAGCAAGUCCGAACCAUCCUGGAGGAGACAGGCAUGUACGCUCACAGACACAAGCGGGUGGGCACACUGUCGGGAGGCAUGAAGCGCAAGUUGUCAAUCUCCAUUGCAUUCAUUGGUGGCUCUCGCUUGGUGGUGCUGGAUGAACCCACCACAGGAGUUGAUCCCUGUUCUCGGCGCAGCAUCUGGGAUAUAAUCAUCCAAAAUAAACCAAGGCACACUAUCAUCAUGUCCACCCACCACCUGGACGAGGCUGAAAUGCUUAGUGAUCGCAUAGCCUUCCUGGAGCGAGGAGGGUUGAAAUGUUGUGGCUCCCCUUUCUACCUAAAAGAGAAGCUGAGCCAAGGCUACAAACUCACUCUGACCAAAAAGGUCAUUUUAGUGUUUCAAAAUAAUGAUGCAAAAUGUUUUCAUCAUACAAAACAGACUAACCUUCUUUCCAAACCACUUCAGGUUCAGAUUCUUGAGUCUGAGCGCUUUGACGAUGCUGAUUUGAAGGCCUUUAUCCAAGAUCACAUACCCGAAGCACGUCUAAAAGAGGCCCAUGGGGGUGACCUGAUCUACGCGCUGCCCCCAUUUACCUCGUCUAAUUCCUCCUCAUACAGCUCUCUUUUGACUGCGCUGGAUGCCAACCUUGAUGACCUGCAGCUGGGAGGCUACAGUAUCUCUGAUACCACCCUAGAAGAGGUGUUCCUACAGUUGAUUGAAGAAAGCAACGAAAGUGUGCAGAAAGACAGACCCUUUUCUGUCUCAGAGACUAUUUCAGACACUCACCCCACUGAGAGUUUCCCUGCAGAUCCAUGUGACAUUUUCGCCACUUCUGACAAAAUUGGCUUGACUGGUUCAAAUAGAGCACAAGGCAUGUCCCUUGCUUGGCAACAAAUCAAAGCCAUAUUGAUCAAGAGGUUCCAUCACAGCCGCAGAAACUACAGAGGCCUAAUCUCCCAAAUCCUACUUCCUGUUUUGUUUGUGACAUUCGCCAUGGGCCUGGGAUCCAUCAAAAAUGAUCUGUUGCACUAUCCUGAACUGGAGCUUAGCCCUGCACUCUACAACUUCAGACCAGGUUACUCUUUUUUCAGUGAAAAAAAUGGACAGUCCAGCCAAAUGGCAGACGCUAUGAUGUCAUUCCCUGGAAUGGAUAAUAGUUGCCUUGACCAGUCCGGAAAUCCGAUGUGCACAAGUCAAUCCAAAAGCUGGAAUUCAAAUGGGAAAAACACCAUAUCAUUUAGUGACUGCAAAUGUACCAUUGAGGAUCAGACUUGUCAUGGGGACCAAUUCAAACCAGCCUAUCGGCAGAUCCCGUCCUCUCAGAUUGUUUAUAACCUGAGUGGAAUCAAUGUAGAGAAUUACCUGGUGACCACGGCGAAUACCUUUAUCAGGAACAGGUAUGGUGGAUUCGAAUUUGGAAUGAAGAUCCCAUCCGCCCUGCAAAUGGAUCUUACAGCCAAGUCUGAAAAUGACACCUUAUCUAAGGUUUGGUUUAAUCCUGAGGGCUACCACACGAUGCCAGCAUAUUUAAACAGCCUCAACAAUCUCAUCCUACGCUCCAAACUUCCAGCAGAUAAGGAUCCCAAGAAAUACGCAAUUUCAGUUUCCAGCCAUCCCUACUUUGGCCGCACAGAUGAAGAUGACUCAAUCACAAUGGGAAUGCUCCAGAUCCUCGUGGCCAUGUGUGUGCUCACAGGCUAUUCGAUCACCACAGCCAGCUUCUCCCUCUACAUUGUCACUGAGCAUCAGAAUGGGUCCAAGAGGCUACAGCACAUCGCGGGCAUCAGCGAGCCUUUCUAUUGGGUCAUUAACUUCCUUUAUGACAUGAUCCUCUAUCUGAUUCCUGUCAGUUUGACCAUCGGUGUGAUUGCAGCCUUCCAGAUUCCAUCCUUCACAGAGCAACAGAAUUUAGGCGCGGUUUCGCUACUUUUGGUGCUCUUUGGGUUUGCCACCUUCCCCUGGAUGUAUCUCUUAUCUGGCGUAUUCAAGGAUGCAGAGACGGCCUUCAUCACCUACGUGUGCAUUAACCUUUGCAUCAGCAUCAAUACUAUUAUGUCCACCUCUAUUCUCUAUUUUAUGGGUCAGCGUAUAACAACGGCUGUAGAGAAAGAGAACGUCGAAAAUAUCUUCAAUAUAUUGAGCAACGUCUUCCUCAUCUUCCCUCAAUUCAACUUUGGAAAUGGACUGAUGAAGCUGGCUAGAAUGAAUGUCGAGGUCCAGGUCCUUAGAGGCUAUGGCAUUGAUGCCUACAAGAACCCAUACUCAAUAGAGGUUCUCGGCUGGAUGUUCAUCUCCUCUAUCAUUCUAAGCGUGGUGUUCUUUGCACUGCGACUCUUGCUGAACACAUCCCUUGUGCGCAAAGUCAGGCACCUGAUUCUGGGCAGGAAAAAGGUGUCCCAAUUGGUUGAGGACGAGGAUGAAGAUGUCAAAGCUGAGCGCUUGCGAGUGGCAAGUGGAGCAGCAGGUUCUGACAUCCUACAAGUCAACCAGCUCACCAAGAUUUAUCGGCAUCUUAACAAGAAGAUUUAUGCAGUCAAAAGGCUUUCUGUGGGAAUUCCUGCUGGAGAGUGCUUUGGUCUGCUAGGAGUGAACGGAGCAGGAAAAACAACCACUUUCAAGAUGCUUACAGGAGAAGUUAGCCCCAGUGAUGGCAGUGCACAGAUCAGGGCCUGGGAUGGGCGUCUGGUAGACAUUAUGGAGUGCCGGCACAAGGGAAUCAACAUCGGCUACUGUCCCCAGGUGGAUGCAUUGGAUAAUCUGCUCACUGGAGAGGAGCACUUGUAUUUUUAUGCUCGUAUUCAUGGCAUCUCAAAGAGGGAGAUAGACAAGGUGGUAAAUUACCUUUUAAAAAGACUGGAGCUGAACUACUAUCGGAACAUAACCACUGAUGGCUAUAGUUGUGGGACACGCAGGAAGCUGUCUACUGCUAUCGCUCUCAUUGGUCAUCCUCAGAUUUUGCUCCUGGAUGAGCCGAGCUCUGGCAUGGACCCUCGAACCAAACGACACCUGUGGAAAAUCAUCUCUGAAGAGGUGAAAGGAAAGACUGCGGUGGUCCUCACUUCUCACAGCAUGGAGGAGUGCGAGGCAUUGUGUAGCCGUCUUGCCAUUAUGGUGAAAGGUCAGUUCCGCUGCCUGGGCUCCUUGCAGCACAUUAAGAACAGGUUUGGCAGUGGUUUCACUGUGAAAAUGCACUUGGCCGAGUCUGCCAGUGAUGAGGCAAUCACUGCCUUUAUGCAGAAACGAUUUCCCAGCACUUAUUUGAAGGACCAACACUCAUCUAUGGCAGAGUAUCGCGUUCCUAUUGCCCAUGGAGGAGUAGCUGCCAUCUUCCAACAUUUGGAGCGCAACAAGAUCUCUCUAAAGAUAAAACACUUCUCUGUGAGCCAAACCACUUUGGAUGAGGUCUUCAUCAACUUUGCCUUGGGAAAUAUUCACAACAAAGGAGAGGAAGAUGACCUGGGCUCCAUACGUGACAUAACAGCCUAGAGACCACUGCUAUUAUUUUUUUUCAGUGAAAUGGGAAUAUUAAUGUAUUCGUCAUGCAUAGAUACUUCAUAAGAAUGUAAUAUUAGUCUCUAAAUCUACCAUGACUGCAAAUCAUGUUCAACUUUCUUGAAAAUCAAUGUGAGGACGAUUACUUAAAGGUCAACCAAAAUUUUAUUGUUGCUAUUCCAUGACUGAAAUCAUUCAUAUGCCUGCACUGAUGAAUAUUUAUUGAUGGGGAUUUACCCUUGGUCAUUUUAUUUUACUGGAAAUGUCAGCUAAUUUGGUAAUCUUGAUUUGUAUAAAGAGUACAAUUAAUGGCAACGCUUGUCCCUUGUUUGUAUUGAAUUUUACUAUCACCUCAUAGCAAUAUAUAUAUUCAUCACACCAAAAUAUAUCAAGACAAAUAUUUUUUAUUUGCAGUUUUUUAAAGCUAAUUUUCAACUAAUUACCCCUGAAUAUACUACUUUUUCACAAAAAAAAAAGAA